AGAUCGCGCCUCUUUGUGGCUUUCUUUCUCCGGGAAGUAACGGCUGCGACCGGCGUUUCAAAUAUCUCUUCUCCUUUGUUGUCUCCCUCAAAACACAGAACGGAACUUUCAGACUCCUGCAAUCCGAACAAUUCAGGAGACGGUAGGUUUCAAUCAAUGGAGCAUCUUCUGAUUCUUGUUAUACUGUUAUUUGCAUCGCCGAAGUGCGAAUCAUGGAGUUGGUUCUCGUCUUUUAAGCGUAUUGAGGGCGGCAGUGUUGCUGAAUUUUCCAUGGAGGGUUUCGAUGAUCAUAAGGGGAUGAGGCUUGUUGAGAAUGCUAAAAACAAAUUGACUGCCUCAAAUUCUUGCUGGGAAACUGCUUAUAGGCAUCUCUUUGCCGGCUGUUCUGAGAUUUUUGCAGCGGACGAGAAACGGUCGAGAUUCGCUUGGCAUCUUAGCGAUUGUUUUCAAAGGGAUUCUGGCAGGCCUCCUUUUCCUUCUUGUGACCUGAGUUUUGCCAUGGCCGAAUGCCUCACAUACUUGAAUGAACACGAGCAUAGGAUAUAUCUUGAGUUCUACCUUGAAACUAACUCCAUUUGUCAUCAGCUACAGGCUCAUGCUUUCAAGCGCGACACAGAGAGGCUGGUGAAUGAAUUGAAGAGAUCUUCUGAAGCUGCAGAAGGCAAGUUAGAAAUCAUUGAGGAAAGAUCGGAAUCUCUGUUGCAAAAUUCAUAUCAGAUUUUUGAUUCCUUGAAUUCUACUGGUAUUCAAAUACAACAAAUGGCUCAAACAUCAAGAAAACUAGAAGAUCACAUGGGCGUUGUGCUAAAUCACUCAGAAGAAGUUUAUGAACAGUCCAAGAGGAUAGAGACAUCCCAGUCGGAACUUCAAGAGAGUCAGUUGAAACUGAGAAGAAGUUUGGAGGAAGGGAUGGACUUGCUGCAGGAUUCCUACAAGAACCUCGGCCGAGAGAUGGAUGGGUUAAGAGACGAAGCCAUCGAGAUUGAGAAGGAGAUAGCCAAAGUGGGAGAUGCAAUGUUUUUGAAGAUGACAUACUUGCAGAGCACGGCUGAUGAUAUUGGGAAUAUUGCGGGGCUAUCAUUGGACAAACAGAAAGAACUUCUAGAUGCGCAAUCCACAGCACUCAAUGGUCUUCAUUCUUUAAGCAAAGUUCAAUCCGAAGCACUAGAGGAAAGCAGGUAA